CCCUCCUCCCUUGCAUAAUCAUUGUCCCGUCUUUUUUAUAUCAUACCCCUUCUCCCCAUCUUUUGCCCUUCCUUUUCCCUCACCUGCAGCCACCUACUAGAGGUCGACAACUUUGUACUCGUUCCACCCUUCUACCACCCGCCUAUCCGGCUCCACUUGCAUACACCCUUUGCAGUCCUCUAGUCGCAACUUCGCCCACCAUGUCCUACUCAUGGAUCGGUGCGCCCACCGAGUUCAAUGGCACCGAGGGAACCGGUGGUGAUUCAAGUACCGAAAACUUGAACCAAUGGUACUCCACGGGAGACACCGCCUACAUCAUCGUGGCCUCCGCCAUGGUCUUGAUCAUGGUUCCUGGUCUAGCCUUCCUAUACUCCGGUCUCGCGAGGAGAAAGUCUGCUCUGUCCUUGAUCUGGGCUUGCAUGUUCUCUGCAUCCGUCGUCACUUUCCAAUGGUACUUUUGGGGUUAUACGCUGGCCUUCAGCCCAACUGCCACCAAUGGCUUCAUUGGCAAUCUCGACAAAUUUGGUCUCAAGACUGUGCUCGGUGCCCCCAGUCCCGGAAGUCCUUUGAUUCCCGAGCUCCUUUACGCUUUCUACCAGAUGCAAUUCUGCUCCGUCACCGCUGCCAUUAUUGUGGGCGCCGUUGCUGAACGUGGCCGAUUGAUCCCCAUGAUGGUCUUCAUCUGGCUUUGGGCUACCAUCGUAUACUGCCCCGUCGCGUGCUGGGCCUGGAACUCCAACGGAUGGUUCUUCGCAUGGGGUGGUCUUGAUUAUGCUGGAGGAGGUCCCGUCGAAAUCGUCUCCGGUCUGACUGCCCUCGCCUACUCUUGGGUUCUUGGACGUCGCCAGGAGAAGAUGAUGCUCAACUUCCGUCCCCACAACGUGUCCCUCAUCACUCUUGGAACCGUCUUGCUUUGGUUUGGAUGGCUCGGUUUCAACGGAGGAUCCGCUUUCGGUGCCAACCUCCGCGCUACUAUGGCUUGCUGGAACAGCAACUUGACUGCCAUGUUCGCUGCUAUGACCUGGACGAUCCUCGAUUGGCGCCUCGCCCGCAAGUGGUCCAUGGUCGGUUGGUGCUCAGGAUGCAUUUCUGGACUUGUCGCUGCUACUCCCGCUUCUGGUUUCAUCACACCUUGGGCUAGCGUUGCUCUCGGCAUCACCACUGGCAUUGUUGCCAAUUUUGCCACCAAGAUCAAGUUCUGGAUCAAGAUCGACGAUGCGCUCGAUGUCUUCGCUGAGCACGGUGUCGCCGGAAUGGUCGGUCUCAUCUUCAACGGUCUCUUCGCUGCCACCUACGUUGUCGGUCUCGAUGGAGUGAACAACGGUUCCACCGAGGGAGGAUGGAUCCACCACAACUGGAAGCAAAUGUACAUCCAGAUCGCCUACAUCGUGGCUUGCACUGCCUACACCUUCGUCGUUAGCGCAGCCCUCGCAUACGGCAUCGACAAGAUCCCCGGCCUUCACCUCCGCGCAUCCGAGGAAGCUGAGCUCCUCGGUAUGGACGAUGACCAGCUUGGCGAGUUUGCGUACGACUACGUUGAGGUUCGUCGUGACUACCUCGCUUGGACCCCAGCCAAGUCCGACCCCAUCAGCGCCGAGCACUCGAUCCCUCAGGGCGACCGCCACGGCAUCGCUCAACACAGCCAGAUGCUUGAGGGCAAGGCACCCAGCGAGAGCAGCCACGAUGGAGCUCACACUGGUAUUGGAGGUGACCGCCACGCUAUGGCGAUGGGCCCUGAGGGCGUUCACGAGAAGACUGAACUUCCUUCUUCCCGCGGUUAA